GUGAAGCUGGGAAUCAAUGCCAUCACUUACGGUUACCUCGAUGGCAAUGCUAUACACUGGUAUAACUCGGCAGUGCAAAAGACUUGGAUGGCGAUUGCGGAGAACAGUCCCGAAGAAGCAGCGAGUUUCAAGGUUUUUGUGAUCCGGGGCGUCCUGUACGCAGGCUCGACGUCGAUCGAUCCGAAGAAAAUUAAACGCUGCAAGAUUUUCGAAGGAAAGAUAGAUGUGGGACGCAGGAGGAUGGUGUGGGAACCAGUGGCUGGCUUUCCCGUGGCGAUCACUUGCUUCACUCGGAUGACAUAAGUAUGAGGAUGUCCCUCUUUGUCUCGGUUUUUCCACCGCUGGCCGCUGCUAUACCAAUAUGCAGUAUAGUGCUCAAAGUAUAGCGGUCUAAGGCGGAAGAUCUGAUAAGAGCGAUAUGAGCGAUAGCGAUCUCAUUCCCGGUCUCUGCGAUGAGCUUGCUCUUGAGAACAUCCUACCGAGGUUGCCAUGGUAUACUCGUCCGGUGUGCCGAGCAGUCUCCAACUCCUGGAGAGCUCUAAUGGACAGCGCUCUUCAAUACGACGCUCAUCUCCUUAACACCACUCGCAACUUCCAGCUCCCGCUCCUCCAAGGCACUCCACUCGUGAGCCUGGGAAACGACUCCAAGGUACUCCAAAUUCUCAUUUUGGACAGAUCACAGGGGUCAUGGCGAAGGCUCCCACCGAUAGAAGGGCUCCCAGUGGGCCGAGCACAGAUGGUGGCGUGGUCCGGGAUGGUUUUCGUGUGGACUUUGUCUCCGGGCAAGUCCUGGUCACACUCGAGAGAUGUCAUCUUUAAGCUGGAUAUUGGCCGUGCAAAGUGGACAUGGGACAGGACGCCGGCUAGGAGGGCGAGUAACUGGUUCGACGCCAUCGCCUUUGGUGGCAAGAUAUAUUCCAGCUGGGAAUACAGGAGAUCUGUCUAUGGUAUUCAUCCUUCCGUCAAGCUGGACGUGAUAGUAUAUGAUAUGGAGACGGGAACCUGCGACACCAUUGAAAAAUGGUUUGUCUCGGGCGCUGGGGUGGUGCUCUCGCCCGCUGGAGACGAGAUCUUGUAUGGUUUUCACGAUAAAACGAUGGAACUUAUGCGCUACGAGGCUGCCUCCAAUGCGUGGAAAUCGCAAGAGCAGAUAACAGGGAAGCCAGAGUUCCGGACCACGAAGGUGGUCUCCGGUGAUUGCUUUGAGCCUGCAAUGGAGGUGGGAACGAACGUCAUCUCCUACGGAGGGGAGGCCAUGCGCUGGUAUAACUCAGCAGUGCAAGAGGCUUGGGUGGCGAUCGAGAAGUGGCCCAGGACGGACAGGUUUAAAGUGCUGGUGAUCCGUGGCGCGAUUUAUGCAAUCUCUAGGAUGGUUUAUUCGAGUGGAAGUUUGAAACACUCUGAGAUUUUGAGAGGGAAGAUAGACGUGGCAAACAGGAGGCUGGUUUGGGACGCAGUUGCGGAGUUUCCCUUUCCUGUGACAGUCACUUGCUUUGUUAGAAUGACUUGAAGUAGCUCUAGCUCAAUGGUCCUUCCUGGGACGCGUUUUAGCUCGCCUCGGCACUGUAAGUUGUGCUUCCGCACUAUGGGGGCUUAGAGGCGGUGUGGGCUCCUGGGACGAACAAGGAAAAGACUCUUCUCAUGUUUCUAUACAAGCUGCACGCGGCUUGCUCGAUACUACUACGCAGCAGCCUGUGGAUCCUCCAGGUCCUGUGGCAUCGAUCACAAUACGUGAACUCUGCAUAGGAGCGAAACUCGUACCCUGUAGAGAACUGUGGUACGAUUCCAGCACAAAUUCCAGACUGUCUGUCUGUCGCUGGAGGAAGGAAUAAAUCAUUCAUUCAUCAUGGGAUAGA